AUGGAUGUAGAGCAGGACUUGCCGCGCGACGAUGCCGGUGGAUUAACCUACUCUCUUAUUGAGGGUGGAUCAAAAAGAGGAAGAAAGAAGCUCGUGGAUAGCCAUGGAUUUUCAUAUACAGUCAAAAGAGCUAGAGAGGAUUCCCACACUACUUACUGGGAGUGCGCAAAAAGACCAAAAUUCUCGAGAUGUUCGGCAUCUGUCAUUGAACGUAACGGUGAGUUCAAACGCGGAGACAACAGGCACAGCCAUCCGCCGGUUAUCAACGCAGCGACGAGCCUUAAGAUUCAGGCAACCAUUCGAGCCAGGGCGACAGUUGAUGUCUUCACGGCCGCAAGUUCAAUAGUGCAGGACGCCGUAAUGGAGACUGUUGACCUGGUAGCGCCGAACCCGGAGCUGGCAACCACCUCAAGCCUAAUACGCAUGGUCAACAGGAAGAGACAGGGCCUACGACCUAAAGACCCAACCACAUUGGACUUCGCGAUUGAGGAUCAGCACCUACCGCCAGGAUUUCUAGUGGGAGACAUCAGAGUCCGAGAACGCCGUCAUCUGAUCUUCGCCAGUCAGCACCAACUACAGCUUUUAUCAACGGCGAAGACGUGGUACAUGGACGGUACAUUCCACGUCGUCAAGCCCCCCUUCAAGCAGUUAUUCAGCAUCCAUGCCUUUGUCAGGGAAGGCGAAGUCCACAAACAAGUCCCCAUGGCGUUCGUCCUGAUGUCUGGGAAACGAAAAAAAGACUACAAGAAGGUUUUGAAGAAGGUAAAAAGUCUCCUACCACAGACUCCACACGUGAAGACGUUCGUGAUGGAUUACGAGGCUGCAUUGUGGCUGGCGCUAGACGAAGUCUUCCCCGGAAAGUCGAGAAAGGGCUGCGCCUUUCAUUGGUCCCAGGCCGUCUUCAGGAAACUCCAAAACCUCGGACUUCAACCAGCGUACCAGCAGCGGGAAGGCGCUUACAAGUACAUGAGGAAUCUGAUGGCCUUGCAGUUUCUACCACCGGAGCACAUUCCACAGACAUUGAACACAUUGCGGCAGCUGACCGACAACAGUCUCCUCACCAAACUAGGCGACUACAUCAAUUCGACAUGGAUCGAGAACAGCGUUUGGAAAGUGGACGAAUGGAGCGUGUUCAUGCGGCCGGUUAGAACAAACAACGACGUCGAAGGCUGGCAUCAAAGACUGAAGCAUCAGUCGCACCUUGGCAAAGUACCAUUUUACAUGCUGGUCAACCUACUAAAGAAGGAAGCAGACUUCGUGACACUGCAAGUUCGCGCGGUUUCUGAUCAUAGGUUAGGACGGUAUCAACGAAGAACAUACAGGCUGAUACAGGCCAAACUUUUCCGCCUCUGGGAUGAAUAUGCUUCAGGCAAGCGAACGACUACGAGCCUAUUGCGAUCCUGUGCCAGACUCUAUGCACCGAAUCCUGAGUAGAAUAUGAUGUCAGCCAACCUAUUAAGUGUUUGUUCAUACAUUACUUGGGGGGAGGGGGGGUGGUUACAGCGUCUUCCUUUCCAGACAAUGGCUGUACACUGUUUUCUACUUUUGUUUAGCGAUUGGUGGUUCCUGUGCAUGUGAUUUUAAAAGAACUUUGUUUUUUUUUUGUGGUCUGCUUGCUUUGUCAUGUUCUGGGGGGAGGGGGGAUGGUUACAACGUCUUCCUUUACAGACAAUGGUUCUAGAAUGUUUUCUACUUUUAUUUAGCGAUUGGUGGUUCCUGUGAUUUUAAAAGAACUAUGUUUUUUUUGUGGUCUGCUUGCUUUGUCAUGUUCUGGGGGGGAGAGGGUUAUAACUUAUUUUCUUAGAGGAAGUGGUCAUGAAAAUUACCACGUUUAGAACGA